AGAUGAAGAGACAGUGACACAGAUGUCUGGACUUAUUUACUCUCCGUACAGUAAUGCUGUGACCCUGAAGGACCGAGCGUGGACGGAUUGAUGGAAGGUUUUGCCAUAAAAUAGUCCUUCAACUUUAGAGCUAAACCAGAAAAGUCAUCAGAAAGUGUCUGGAGGGAGAAAAACAGUGACUCAGAGUUUUGACUCCCAAACUGGUCAAACUUCAUUUCAGCAGCAGGAAAGGUUUAUUUUUAAUUUCGGGGCGGUGUCUUUCCAGUGAACGGUCCCAGUUGCGUUUUCCUUUCCCAGCUCCUGCAGUCACUUUCGGUUUCCGUCUCUCUCCACCGCUGCGCUGUUUUGGCGCUCUGGACUUCUGCUGCUUCCCCGCGCGCACGAUGGCUGCCAAGCACGCGCUGCCCGUCCUGCGCUGGUCCAGCCGUGUUUUCUCCGUGGAGCUGAACGGAGCGCCCUUCUACUUCGCGCUGGCAGACCGACCGGAGGCUGAAGCCCCGCGGCUCUUCGGGCAGCUGCCCCGCGCGCGGCGCUGCUUCUCGCUGCUGCUGCGCAGCGCGGACCGGGUGCACGCGGCCAGGCUGCACGCGCGGCUGCGGGACGCGCUGCUGAGAGAGCUGCCUCCGGAGUGCCGGCUCGCUCCGAUGUGCUCGUUCCUGCCGGAGGUCCGGGACUCUGUGCUCAGGGGCUUCUUCCUGCAGGACGGCCCCGACAGCCCCUCCCCCACCCCGCGGCUCCUGGAGGCUCUCGCGCAGCAGCACGCGCUGCUGCUGUGCUCGUACACUCCGGACCGGGAGCACCGGCACUGGACUCAGCACGUGUGGUCACUUGAAGGAGGGACGCGGGUGGACGUGGGGACAGGGCUGUGUGUGGUUUGCUCAGAGGCUCCUCGGUGCCACCCGGCCGCCCUCAGCAUGAUCAACUCAGACGUUUUCCGCACGUUUCAGGACGCGCGCGACGUUUUGACGGAGUGUGUGGCCGUCCUCCCAGAAGCCUCCUCGGUCUUGGAGCAUCUUCCCAGCAGAGCUCCGUCCUCUGCUCCACCAGCCUUCCCCGUCCUCGUGGUGGAGGGCCUGGACGCCACAGGUAAGACCACCCUGACGGAGUCUCUGCGGGACGCUCUGGGCGCCGUCCUCCUGCGCUCGCCCCCCCAGAGCCUGGCCCCCUGGAGGGCCCUCUUCGACCGGGAGCCCCCCCUCCUCCGCAGGGCCUUCUACGCCGUGGGGAACUACGUGACGGCGGAGCAGGCGGGCCAGCAGGCCAUGAAGACGCCCGUGGUCGUUGACAGAUUCUGGCACAGCACAGCAGCGUACGCCAUCGCCACGGCGGUCAGCGGCCCGCCCAGCGGCCUUCCGGACCCGGGUUCGGAGGUCUACCGCUGGCCCGCGGACCUGCUGCGGCCCAGCCUGGUGGUCCUGCUCACCCUGGACCCAGAGGAGAGGAGGAGGAGGCUGAGGGACCGAGGCCAAGGGAAGACGGAGGAGGAGCGGCAGCUGGACCACAACCAGCUCUUCAGACUCAGGGUGGAGGAGGCGUACCGGAGGAUCAGCGGCCCGCCCUGCAUCGCCGUGGACGCCAGUCCCUCUGCAGACCAGCUGCUGCAGCAGGUGCUGCUGCUCGUACGGAGCAGAUGCUGCCUGUGACCAGUUCAGGCUCCAGAGUCAGACCCAGAAAACACACACACACACACACGCACGCACGCACGCACGCACGCACGCACACAGACACUCACACGCGCGCGCGCGCGCGCGCACACACACACACACACACACACACACACACACACACACACACACACACACACACACACACACACACACACACACACACACACACACACACACACACACACACACACACACACACACACACACACACACACACACACACACACACACACACACACAUCUGGCCGUUGUCCUGGUGUUCAGGGACACUCACAGAAGCUUCGGGUAGUUUUUAGUGCAGAAAAAGCUCAGGUCACUUUCUCAAGAAACAACUGAAUUGUCAAAUGUAAAUAUGAAAAAUAAAAAGAUGUGGUUAUCAG